GGUGCCAGCUAUCUGGACUGCUUUAAGGGUGUGAAUCUCCGUCGCACGGAAAUCGUAACAUUCGUCUGGGCCAUUCAAACCUUCUGCGGCGCAAGCUCCAUGAUUGGCUUCUCGACCUACUUCUUCACUCAAGCUAGUCUGGACACUUCACACGCAUUCUCCAUGUCCCUUGGCCUGUACGCUCUCGGUGCCGUUGGUACCCUGUCCUCGUGGUUCCUCAUGGGCUGGUUCGGCCGCCGCACCUUGUACUUCUGGGGCCUGAUCGGCAUUUCUCUGGUCCUCAUUCUAAUCGGAGGCCUGGGUGUCUCGAAAUCAUCUGGCGCGCAAUGGGGAAUAGCAGCCAUGACGCUGAUUUACACCUUCGUAUACGACGCGACUGUAGGCCCUGUGUGCUACUCGCUCGUCGCCGAGCUCCCUUCGACCCGUCUUCGCAACAAGACUGUGGUUCUUGCAAGGAAUCUAUACAACGUUACUGGAAUCAUCGCCAACAUCCUCACACCGCACAUGCUCAACCCUGACUCGUGGAAUUGGGGCGCCAAGGCGGGUUUCUUUUGGGGAGGUGCCUGCGCUUUGUGCGCGCUUUGGUGCUUUUUCAGAUUACCAGAGCACGUCUACCUCGCUCUUCUGCUUAUGCUCUCGCGUUCGAUACUGACUGUGCCCUAGACCCAAGGGCUGUACAUACGCCGAGCUCGAUGUCCUUUUUCCAGGCCAAGGUUUCAGCAAGAAGCUUCAAGACGACUGACGUGGUGGCACUUGGUGGAUUCGCAUCUGAAAACGGCCCGGGAAACGAGAAGUCCUCUAUGGAUAAAGGCGCAGUACAACAUGGAGUUG